AUGUCCGAGUUUUCGGAAAAAAAUCCUAAUGCCUAUGACGGGCGUCUUGAAAGUGGUCAUAUUCAAGAGCUCGCUAGGCAAUUGACUCGUCAAUCUCAUCAUAAGGAAGAAGUUCUGGAUCUUGUCAGAACUUACUCUAAGAAAGUUCCUUCCGAGUCGAAUAGCUUCCCAAAUGGCCCAGUUAAUCCAUUUGAUGCUGGUGCUGAGGAUUCUGAAUUGGAUCCCAAUUCGGACCACUUCAAUUCUGUUGCAUGGGCUAAGAACAUGUAUCAAAUCUUCCAAUCAGACCCGGACAGAUACAAGCAACGUGAACUGGGUUUUGCCUAUAAAGACCUUCAUGCAUAUGGCUACGGUACCGAUGCCGAUUUCCAGGCUACCGUUUACAACACAUUUUUGAAGGCUGGUACUUUUGUGUAUAAUGCCGCCACUGGUUUUAGGAACCGUGUCCAUGUAGACAUUCUCCAAUCUAUGGACGGUCUUGUUUUGCCUAGCGAAAUGGUGGUGGUUCUCGGUCGUCCAGGUGCUGGUUGUUCUACUUUCUUAAAGACCGUAGCUCAACAAACGUAUGGCUUUCAUAUCGACGACACUUCUAUUAUUAACUACAACGGUAUUUCUCCACAAGAUAUCAAGACUAAUUUUAGAGGUGAUGUUAUUUAUUCAGCCGAAUCGGAAACUCACUUUCCUCAUCUUACCGUCGGUCAGACCUUAUUGUUUGCUGCUAAAAUGAGAACUCCUCACAAUAGAAUCCCAGGUGUGUCUAGACUUGACCAUGCUACUCACAUGAGGGAUAUGGUUAUGGCUACAUUCGGUCUUUCGCAUACUGUUGAUACAAAGGUUGGUAGCGAUCUUGUGCGUGGUGUCUCCGGAGGUGAGAGAAAACGUGUUUCUAUCGCCGAAGUUGCUCUCUCUGGUGCUCCAUUGCAAUGUUGGGAUAAUUCCACUCGUGGUUUGGAUUCCGCCACUGCCUUGGAGUUUAUUCGUUCUUUAAAGACCAGUGCCACUAUCUUCAAAAACACGUCUUUAGUAGCUGUGUACCAGAGUUCGGAGGAAAUGUACGACUUGUUCGACAAGGUCAUUCUUUUAUAUGAGGGUCAUCAGAUUUUCUUUGGCAAGAGAGAGCAUGCUAAGCAAUUCUUUUAUGACAUGGGUUUUGAUAGUAAACCCCGUCAACCCACUCCUGAUUUCCUGACCUCUUUGACUUCUCCAUCUGAGAGAAUUGUAAGACCCGGUUUUGAAAACAAGGUUCCCAGAACACCUGCUGAGUUCGGUGCUCGCUGGAGAGCUUCUAAUCUGUAUGCUGAGCUCCGCAAUGAGAUUGAUGAGUAUAUUCGAGAAAAUCCCGAGCAUGGUGAAAACUAUGAAGCUUUUAAAGAGUCACACACUGCUUCUCAGGCUAAGCGUUUGCCCCACCGCUCUCCUUAUACCGUCAGCUUUGGCGACCAGAUCAAAUAUUUGAUUGGUAGGGGAUAUGAAAGAAUUAUGGGCGACUUCUCAAUGCAAUUUACGACUAUUUUUGGUAACACGUCUAUGGGACUGAUCAUGUCUUCAAUGUUUUAUAAUCUACCUUCUGAUACCUCUUCAUUUUACCGUCGUUCUUCUUUACUAUUCUUUGCUAUUCUCUUUAAUGCCUUUGCUUCCUUUUUAGAAAUCUUUUCUCUUUUUGAAGCAAGACCUAUCGUUGAAAAGCAUAAGCAAUUUGCUCUAUAUCACCCUGCUGCUGAUGCUUUGGCAUCCAUCCUAACCGAGUUCCCUUCCAAGGUUUUAGUCGCUAUUGCAUUUAACCUUGUUAUUUAUUUCAUGUCUAAUUUGAGAAGAACUCCUGGUCAUUUCUUUACUUUCUUGGUUGUCGGUUUUUCUACUACUAUUUCCAUGUCUCACUUGUUUCGAACUGUUGGUUCUUUAUCAACCUCUCUUCAAGAGGCCAUGAUUCCAGCAACAAUCCUUCUGAUGGCUUUAGUUAUUUACACUGGUUUUGUCAUUCCUACUGACUAUAUGCACGGUUGGGCCAGAUGGCUUAACUACAUCAAUCCAGUUGGUUACGGAUUUGAGGCCCUUAUGGCAAACGAGUUUUCUGGUAAGAACUAUACGUGUGAUGUAUUUGUCCCCACUGGUCCCACUUAUACCGACCUUGAACCCAAAGGAUUCGUGUGCUCAGGUGCUGGUUCAGUUCCUGGCGAGAAGUUUAUUAAUGGUGACGCUUACAUUGAAACAUCUUUUAAAUACUUCAGAAGCCACUUGUGGCGUAACUUUGGCAUUGUGCUUGCUUUUUCAGCGUUCUUCCUUUUCACCUACCUAUUAGGUGUUUGGGUUAAUCCAGGAAUGCGAUCCAAGGGUGAACUUUUGGUAUUCCAACGCUCUACUUUGAAAAAACUGAAAAAGGAACGCAAAGUCAGAAUUGCGCAAUCAUCUGAUGAGGAAUCUGGAAGGUCAGCAGUAGCCAAAGAAUCUUUUCUUACUGAAGGUGAAGAGAGCGCAGCUUCGUCAAAUAAUAGUGCCAUCAAUGCUGCGGUUGAAACAAGUAAUGAUAUUUUCUAUUGGAAAGAUGUUUGCUAUGAUAUUAAAAUCAAAGGUAAGGAGCGUCGUAUUUUGGACCAUGUUGAUGGUUGGGUCAAGCCUGGUACCUUGACUGCAUUGAUGGGUGCCUCUGGUGCUGGUAAGACGACCCUCCUAGAUACUUUGGCAAACCGUGUUACAAUGGGUGUCGUAACUGGUGAGAUGUUUGUCAAUGGCAACCCUCGUGAUGAAUCAUUCCAAAGAUCAACUGGUUACGCACAACAACAAGAUCUUCAUCUUGAAACAGCUACCGUCAGAGAAGCUCUUGAGUUUAGUGCUAUUCUUCGUCAACCAAAAGAAGUCCCUCGUGAAGAGAAGAUCGCCUACGUUGAUGUUGUACUGAAGAUCCUCGAAAUGGAAGACUAUGCUGAUGCCGUUGUUGGUGUACCAGGUGAGGGUCUUAAUGUCGAACAACGAAAGCGACUUACUAUCGGUGUUGAAUUGGCUGCUAAACCCAAGCUCCUCUUGUUCUUGGAUGAACCUACUUCUGGUCUUGAUUCUCAAACGGCUUGGUCGGUCUGUCAAUUGAUGAAGAAACUCUCAAAUGCUGGUCAGGCUAUUCUCUGUACUAUCCACCAGCCUUCAGCCAUGCUUCUACAGGAAUUUGACCGUCUGUUAUUCCUGGCUAGAGGAGGUAAGACUGUUUACUUUGGUGAGAUUGGUGAGAACUCGAAAACUUUGACAGGAUACUUUGAAAGGAAUGGUGCAGACCCUUGUCCUCCUGAGGCUAACCCCGCCGAAUGGAUGUUGCACGUUAUUGGAGCCGCUCCUGGCUCGGUUGCCAAUGCCGAUUAUUCUGAGAUUUGGAACGCUUCACCAGAACGCGCUGCGAUUCGUGAGGAGAUUGAGAGAAUGAAAUCUGAUUUUGGUGUCCAAGAAAAUGCCAUGUCUCUUCCAUCUCAACAUACUGGUGAAUUUGCUUCUGGCCUGUGGUUACAGUAUAGGGUUGUUACAAAGAGAGUUUUGGAACAAUACUGGAGAACUCCUUCUUAUAUUUGGUCCAAGUUGGGUCUCGCUAUCUUUUCUGCACUUUUCAAUGGUUUUUCUUUCUUCAAGGCUGGCAAUACCCUUCAGGGUAUGCAGAAUCUCAUGUUCUCAUGUUUCAUGUUUUUGAUGAUUUUCAAUAGUGGUAUCCAACAGAUGAUUCCUUUCUGGGUAAAGCAAAGAGACCUAUACGAAGCUCGAGAGAGGCCUGCCAAAAUUUUCAGCUGGAAGGCAUUUGUUGCUGCGCAAGUCACUGCUGAAGUCCCCUGGCAAAUCCUGGCUGGUACAAUAUCCUUUUUCUGUUGGUAUUAUCCAAUUGGAUUUUAUAGGAAUGCAGCUUAUACGGAUGCUGUUCAUUCUAGAGGAGCAAGUAUGUACAUUUAUGUCGUUGGAUUUUUCAUUUACAUUAGUACUAUGGGCCAAAUGUGUAUUGCUGGCGUAGACCUUGGCGAGACUGCUGCCAAUAUCGGAUCUCUUUUGUUUACUAUGUGCCUUAUAUUUUCAGGAGUCUUGUCUUCUAAAUCCACUCUCAACUUCUGGAUAUAUCAGUAUUACGUUAACCCUCUGCAAUUUUUGAUCUCUGGAAUGCUGGCUAUUGGCAUUGGUAAAUCUCCUGUCAGGUGCGCGGAAAAUGAAUAUGUUCUUGUCGAUGCUCCUCAGGGUCAAACUUGUGGCAGUUAUUUAGCCGACUAUCAGAGUGCUGCCGGUGGUUAUAUCAAUAACCCUAAUGAUACUGUCGGCUGUCAAUUCUGUUCCAUCGCCUCGACAGAUGCAUACUUAGCUUCUGUUGAUAUUGAAUUUGGUCAAAGAUGGCGUAAUUUCGGAAUCUUUUUCUCAUUUAUUGCAUUUAACGUCAUCAUGACAUUCUUCUUUUAUUGGCUUGCUCGUGUUCCUAAGAGAAAGGAUAGAGUUAAGAAGCAGUAA